GGAAGGAUUACUCCUCUCUGUAAAGCAAAUAAAUUUUUAUUUUUUUAUAAAAAGGGGGAAAAUUCUCGAGUUUUUAAUCUUUGUUCUCUUAUUUUACAGAGGGAAUUGGGCGAAGUAUUUAUUAUAUGGAAAAGGUAGUUGUAGUUAGUUUUAGUAAUCGCUGGGCUCUGGCCAAAGAAAAAAUAUAAAAAACGUAAAGGUUAGGGAGUGGAUGUUUGGGCGCGGAGCUAUUUUGGCGUGAGGUUAUAAAAUAGUGUUUAAAUACAGUCGUCGACAUAAAGAUAGGGACAAGAGUAGAGAUAUGAUUUUUUGAAAAUGGCAUUUUUCCCUUAAAAAUUGAAUUUUUUGCAAAAAUUGACGAAAAAUGCCAUUUUCAAAAAAUCAUAUCUCUGCUCCGGAAAGAGAUAUUUUUAAGCGGUUUUGUGAUACAUACUCACAAAAAUAUGCUUUAUCAAAUGGGUUUGUUAGAUUUUUUCCGAAAAUUUUUUCCGAGGCUGUGGGAUUUGGUAUAUCCGGCAGAUCCGGAUUAUCUCGGCCAAUUUUCAAUUUCAUGAAAAAUGCAGAAACAUGUCAACUGAGAUACAAAUAGAGCUUUCGAUUGAUAUAUAGAACGUAUUUUUCGACCGAAAAAUAGUUAAUUUAUAUUUAAAUUACUCUUGUCCCUAUCUUUAUGUCGACGACUGUAAGUUAGAAUGAUAAAAUUUUAGAUUAAUAACGCUAGUAUGCCUAUCAGGUUAAACAAUGAUUUCGGAAUUUUUGGGCAACAUAACAGAACAGUGUUUCGGCAAGGACCUGUACAACAAGAAAAUAGGUUAAAACAUUGAUUUUAGCCAAAAUAAUAUGGCUUACAAAAAUAUCUUAUUGGCCUUUAUAAAUACCUAUCAAAGGUGUAUACCAGGGGUGUGCCGUUUCGUCUUUCGCCUUUCGUCUUUCGCUUU